AAAUGAAUGAAUGGAUCAAAUGACUAAAAUGUCCUCAAAUAUAGACAUUGAAUGGACACCAGAAAAUGAGAUCAAAUUGUUUUAUGCAAUGCGUGGCCACAAACCCGUCGGUGUGGCCAAGAAUUUUCAUAUGAUCUCAAUAUUAGAUGAAUUUGUGAGACUAACAGAUAAAGAAAUGUCAUCUAAAGUGAUUUGGAACCGAUUGGACACAAUGUACGAUAUGGACACUUUGCAUGAAAAUGAAGACAUGCCGUUCCCAAACACCAACACUUGUUUCACUAUUGAAGACAAUCCUGAGUUCACUGAAUUGAUCGAAAAGAGGAAAGCAAACCAAUUAAAUAAAUCAGAUAAAGAUAUUGAAAUAAAAGAAGAGUUAGUAUCAAAUGUUUCGACGACAACAACUAACACUCCGACGGUUACGAAAACUGGAAAUAAAACCAAAACUCAAGAGACCAAUAAAAGUCAAUCGAAAGUAAAAUCAGAAAUCGAUAAAAAUGCGAAAUCUGAUCGAAAAGAAGAUUCAACCAAACAUUCGGAUAAAAGUGAAGAAAUUGAAGAUAAAUGGAUUCGUUCGAAAAAAACAGUGGCCAACAAAAGUGGUGCCGAUUUAAGAUCAUCCACGACAUCAAGCACUAAGAAACGUAAAUAA